AUGGACAAGGGAAAUAAGAGCAAGACAUGGAUGAGUGAAUUCUUCUUGCUGGGGCUCUCCAGUGACUGGGGGACUCAGAUCUCCCUCUUUGUCCUGUUCUUGGCCAUGUACUUUGUGACUCUUGUGGGAAAUACCGUCAUUGUCCUCCUCAUCAGACUGGACAGCAGGCUGCAUACCCCCAUGUACUUCUUCCUCAGUGUCCUGUCCUUUGUGGAUCUUUGUUAUGCAAACAGCAUUGCCCCUCAGAUGCUGGUCCACUUGCUCUCAGUCCACAAAUCCAUUCCAAUGCACCGCUGUGUGCUCCAGCUAUACAUGUCCCUGGCACUGGGUGGGUCCGAGUUCUUCUUGCUGGGGGCCAUGGCCUAUGACCGGUACGUGGCCGUGUGCCACCCCCUGCACUACAUGGUCAUCAUGCAUGGAGGGUUGUGUCUCAGGCUGGCCACCGGCUGCCUGGCAGCUGGCUUCAUGAACUCACUGGUGGAAACCAUCAUUACCUUCCGACUUCCUCUGUGUCACAAUGUCAUCAAUCACUUUGCCUGUGAGACCCUGGCCGUGCUUCGGCUAUCCUGCGUAGACAUCUCCUUCAACAAGGUCAUGGUGGCCAUCUCUGGCUUUCUGGUAAUCAUGCUCCCCUGCUUCCUGGUCCUGUUCUCCUAUGCUCACAUAGUGGCUGCCAUCCUGCACAUUUGCUCAACGCAAGGACGCCACAAAGCCUUCGGAACCUGCGCCUCCCACCUCACUGUGGUCUCCAUGUGCUUUGGGGCUACCAUCUUCACUUACCUGGGGCCACGGUCUAGCUCCUCAGUAGAGGGGGAAAAGAUGGUGGCCCUGUUCUAUGCUGUGGUGGCCCCUAUGUUGAACCCCUUGAUCUACACUUUGAGGAAUAAGGAAGUUAUGGCUGCACUCAGGAAAGUGGUAGAGAAAUUGAGAGAUGAAGGGUAA